CUUGCUCUUCUCUUCUCGCUUUGCCUCCAACCUGCAUCUUCUGCUCCAGCUUUCUCAGUCCCAGGAAACAUGUCUAGCAAAACCACUGUGAGGAGCCAAAGCAGCAGCCGCCGUGGCUUCAGUGCCAGCUCAGCCAGAGUCCCUGGGCUCAGCCGCUCCGGCUUCAGCAGUGCCUCUGUGUGCCGCUCCAGGGGCAGUGGCGGCAUUGGGGCAGCGUGUGGAGGAGCUGGCUUCGGCAGCAGGAGCCUCUAUGGCCUGGGAGGUUCCAAGAGGAUCUCCAUCGUAGGGGGCAGCUGUGCCACUGGUGGAGCAUAUGGCAGCAGAGUUGGAGGUGGCUUUGGCUUUGGAGGUGGACUCAGCAGUGGAUUUGGUUAUGGUGGUGGAGCUGGUGGCAGUUUUGGUCUUGGUGGUGGAGCUGGCUUUGGUGGUGGCUAUGGAGGCGCUGGCUUCCCCGUAUGCCCCCCUGGCGGCAUCCAAGAAGUCACCAUCAACCAAAGUCUCCUCACUCCUCUGAACCUGGAAAUCGACCCCACCAUCCAGCGUGUGAGAACUGAGGAGCGGGAGCAGAUCAAGACCCUCAACAACAAAUUCGCCUCCUUCAUCGACAAGGUGAGGUUCCUGGAACAACAGAACAAGGUCCUGGACACCAAGUGGGCCCUGCUGCAGGAACAGGGCACCAAGACAGUCAGGCAGAACCUGGAGCCCCUCUUUGAGCAGUAUAUCAGCAACCUCAGGAGGCAGCUGGACUCCAUCGUUGGAGAGAGAGGUCGCCUGGACACAGAGCUGAGGAGCAUGCAGGACACAGUUGAGGACUACAAGAACAAAUAUGAAGAUGAAAUCAACAAGCGCACAGCAGCAGAGAAUGAAUUUGUGACCUUGAAAAAGGACGUGGAUGCUGCUUACAUGAAUAAGACUGAGCUGCAAGCUAGAGCUGACAGCCUUAUCGAUGAGAUCAACUUCCUGAGAGUCUUAUAUGAUGCCGAACUGUCUCAGAUGCAAACCCACAUCUCAGACACUUCUGUGGUCCUGUCCAUGGACAACAACCGUAACCUGGACCUGGACAGCAUCAUUGCUGAGGUCAAAGCCCAAUACGAGGAGAUUGCCCAGAGGAGCCGGGCUGAGGCUGAGUCCUGGUACCAGACCAAGUAUGAGGAGCUGCAAGUCACUGCAGGCAGACAUGGGGAUGACCUGCGCAACACCAAGCAGGAGAUUGCUGAGAUCAACCGCAUGAUCCAGAGGCUGAGAUCUGAGAUUGACCAUGUCAAGAAGCAGUGUGCCAAUCUGCAGGCCGCCAUUGCUGAUGCCGAGCAACGUGGGGAGCUGGCACUCAAAGAUGCCAGGAACAAGCUGGAAGGACUGGAGGACGCCCUCCAGAAGGCCAAGCAGGACAUGGCCAGGCUGCUGAAGGAGUACCAGGAGCUCAUGAAUGUCAAACUGGCCUUGGAUGUAGAGAUUGCCACCUACAGGAAGCUGCUGGAAGGCGAAGAGUGCAGGCUGAAUGGUGAAGGUGUUGGACAAGUCAACAUCUCUGUGGUGCAGUCCACCGUCUCCAGCGGCUAUGGCAGUGGCAGCAACAUGGGCAGUGGCAUGGGCCUGGGAGGAGGCAGCGGCUACUCCUACAGCUCUGGCCACAACCUUGGAGGUGGUUUCAGUUCUGGCAGUGGCAGAGGCAUCAGCCUUGGGGGCGGCCUCAGCUCUGUUGGGGGCAGCUCGUCCUCCAUCAAGUACACCAGCUCCUCCUCCAGCAGGAAGAGCUACAAGCACUGAAGCCCUCUCAGCACCAGGCAGGUGCUUGGUCCCUCUGGCUACAGGGCUUCUUCUCAGGCCUUCGUCCUCUCCUGUCCUCCGUUCUUGAGUUACAGCUGAGCAUGGGCAUGUCCCUCAUUUUACUACUGGAUCCCUUCCUUGUUAGUUGCUGACCUUCAGAAUCUCAACUUGUGGUGCAACAUCCUGAUUUACUCACAUUUGUUUCUGCACUGUAUCGCUCAGUUAUCAAGGUCUUGCCUGUAUUCCACUGUCACUGAUGUUGCACACUGUGGAGAAUUAUCUACAACACUGCCACCACCAAAUUCCUUGUUUGGGACUUACCUCAGAACAGGGCAGAUACCCUUUCAUCUCAGUCAACCUACACAUGGGGUGAGACUCUUGUAGCAACCGUGGUAGCCCAGGACUUUCAGUGUACAGACCUAUACCCUUGUGAAGUCUUCAUUGCUCCUUGCUUUCUUAUGACUCCUAAAUAAAGCACAUUUAUAAUACAAU